AUGCCGGCCAGUGUAUCUAUCAACUCUGAUGCAGAAAAGGGCAAGCAAUAUGGCAGCUAUCAGUGCACGCCUCGCGAGAAGCAAGUGCUGAAGAAGAGUACAUUCGCAAGGCCGAUAUACGUUUGGCUGUAUUCAUCUGCCUGGGCUACAUUUCUACAUUUCGCAACUGGAGCAUUGCGAGUUACGCCAAGAUUGAAACCAUGGAGAAACAGCGGAACAUGUACAAAACACAAUACAACACGCUGUACAUUGUGUUUCAGUUCCCAUUCAACCUACUGUUCCGCAAGGUUGGUGUAAGCUAUGUUCCUAUUCUCAGGGGUUCUCAGCGUAUGUAACCUG